GUUAAACCACCAGAGAAGAAGAAGAUGACGUGACGUCACGAAGCCGGAACUCAUGUUCAUUCAUUUCGCCGGUUUCUGUUUCUGGAAGUUGUUUCCGUCUCAUGGUAACACUCUCCUCUCCACGCACGAGAGAUGUUGCUGCUGGUGCUGGGUGCCCUCCUGCUGCUCUUCUGCACUCUGGAUGUAUGGUACUUCCUACGGGGGGCCCAGGUGUUCUUCGAGGCCUGGUUCCAACCCAGAAUACUGGACCUGCUGGCUGAGCAAAGUUUUGAAGGCAUGGUCCUUCCCCAUGAUUUGGACUACAUGGGUCACAUGAACAACUCCCGGUAUCUGAGGGAGUGUGACUUUGCCCGCUUCCAUCAUUACAUGCGAAACGGGCUGUUCAUGGCCUCACGCAAACUGGGGGCCAGACUGGUGGUCGGGGCCUCCACCAUCCGGUACCGGCGCUCCCUGGCCUUCCGAGAGGUUUUCGAGAUCCGGACCAAAAUAGUGGGAUGGGAUGAGAAGGCGUUCUACGUGGAGCAGCGCUUCGUGUCCAAGAAGGAUGGUUUCGUCUCUGCGGUCAUGCUGUGCAGGCAGAAUGUGGUACACUGCAGCCCGGAGAGAAUUAUCGAGUUUGUCUGCAAAAGAAAGAUUGAGUGCCCUGAGUUUCCUGAAGACCUCAAACACUGGAUCAGCUUCAUCUCAGCCAGCAGCCAGGCUCUGAGAGCAGAGAGCGGACUGGAAGAGAAGAACAAGUGAAGCAGCGGCACCGUGACACCAUGUAUCAUGAGUGUAGGACCACAUAUCAUUUGCAUUGCACGCACAUAUACAGCAUACAUACAUUCAUACAUGCACACAAACAAACAGUUAGACAUCGUAGAGAGUUUUUAGUUGACUUACAAUAUUCCAUUUCUGUCUGUUUUUGGGUCGGUCCUUCCUGCUGUGUAUUUUUGUAUGAUGUGAACAGAAAUACAGAACGUAUGAAAACUUGAACCGUAAGAUAUUCCAUGUUUUAAAAAAUGCACUUUCUGCAUUCGGGAUCAUAUUGAAAGUUCUCUUAGAAUAAAGAGACACAAGAGCGUAGCAUCAUCCUUGCAGCUUACAGACCGGAUUUAGACGUCUUCAUUCUCAUUUUUAGCAAAUUCCUCAAAACUUCAGAUGAGCAUGUAGAGCAAAAAGUUAAUCUUCCACCGACAUCAAUGCAUGUUUUAAGGCGAACAGAAGAUUUUUUUGUGCCUGUUUAUCUUGAUUAGCCGUAGUUUACAGUUCAGAGAAUUAUAACUUUUACAAAAAAAAGUGUAGGUUUGAUGAAAUACUUGAAUGGACUUGAAUUGAAACAUGUACUGGCAGUUGUUUUAAUCUUCCCAUCAGCAUUUUGCACAAUGUAACCCACGUGAGUAGACAAACUGAAUUCAUGUCAUCAAUCUGAAAGGGAAAAAUUUGACUUUGAAGGAUCGUUUUAAUCAGUACAGUUCUGUUCUUUUACCGACUGUAUAAUGUAUGCAUUUAAAGGGUGGGCUUCUUGAAUGAGAUUGCAUGUACUUUCAAGAGAAAAUGCUCAAAUUUAACUCGGCAGGCAUGAUAAGCAAAUGCUGAAAUGAGGUUGCUGGCAACUUUUCAAAAGCUGCAACGCACAAUAAACGCUGGUGUUGGGAUGAUGUUUGGCCUUUUAAAAUCUGAAACCUUCCCUUUAAUGCAUCAAAGCUUUAUUUUGUGACCAAAGUAAUGUAUUGUUCUGUAUGAAGUGGAAACAAAUCCAAUUUUUAAAGAAGUAUGUCUAACCUGUUAUUUAUGUUGUUGGCACUGAAAAUCCUGUUUUGAUUUAUUUAGGUUGGGAGAUAUGCACUGUCCUUUUAUUUCCACUUAUAUUAUUUAUGGUCUGUUGAAAAUGAGUUAAUGUAACAGUCUUUAUUUAUUAUGUUUAAUUAUUCAAAAGCAUUUUCAAUUAAAAAUGCAUUGGAAACAGUU